AUGCGGAUUCAACCAGGCCGUGAGAGUGUGGGUGAUGACCCGAGACCAGGCCAGGUAAACACUGUCAUCACGAGCGAUCUCAUCGACAAGGUGGACGACCAAGUGAGAAAUAAUCGGCGUGUCACAUUGCGAAUGUUGGCGGUGAAGGUCGAUGUCAGCUAUGGAACCGUGUGGACAGUUGUUCACGACAGGAUAGUGAUAUCGGAAGGUGUGUGCCGCUUGGAUUCCGAAGCAGCUCACCGACCAGCAAAACGAACUGCGUAUGAGGCACUGCAACAUCUGUUUCGGUAUCAGGAAGACCCCGCUUUCAUGGGGCGGAUCGUCACAGAUGAUGAGACCUGCUGCCAUCACUACGAGUCAGAGACAAAGUGGGACAGCAUGCAGUGGAAGCAUGUGUCGUCACCUCCCCCUAAAAAGUUCAAAGCUGCACCGUCAGCAGGCAAGGUGUUGCUCACUGUCGUUUUCGACGUUCAAGGUCCGCUACUUGUAGAAUUCCUCGAGCGCAGAAAAACCAUUAUCUCCGAUGUGUACUGUGAAAUACUCGGACGCCUACGCAGGUCUAUCAAGAAGAAAAGACCGGAGCUGCUCACGGAGG